AAAACAAAAGAUCAAGCAGACUGAUAAGUUCAAAAAUUUAAAUGGCUGUCGAUACGCCGUGCAGACGAUUUUUAAUCGCAAGUAGUUUCAACAUGGCUGACAAACCGCAAGAAGCUCCCGAACAUUGCCCAGGAACACAGAGUCAAGAUGCUGGCAAAGCAUCAGCAUGUGCUGGUUGUCCAAAUCAAAACAUUUGCUCGUCAGGAGCAACUAAACUACCUGACCCUGGAAUUGCAUUAGUCAAGGAAAGGUUGUCAUCUGUCAAAAAUAAAGUAUUAAUUCUAUCGGGCAAAGGUGGUGUAGGAAAAAGUACAGUGACUUCUCUUAUUUCAAGAGGUCUUGCUGCUGAAAAUAUUAAUAGAAAUGUAGCUGUUUUAGACAUUGAUAUUUGUGGCCCAUCACAACCAAGAGUCCUUGGAGCUCUUGGUGAACAAGUACAUCAAAGUGCCUCAGGAUGGUCACCAGUUUUUGUAGAAGAAAAUCUGUCCCUAAUGUCAAUAGGAUUUUUAUUAAAUGAUGUCAAUGAUGCUGUUAUAUGGAGAGGUCCAAAAAAGAAUGGCAUGAUUAGACAAUUUUUAUCAGAAGUUGAUUGGGGAACAUUAGAUUAUCUAAUUCUGGAUACCCCACCUGGAACUUCUGAUGAACAUCUAUCUGCUACAACGUAUUUAAAAGAAGCUGGAAUCACUGGAGCAAUUAUAGUUACAACACCUCAAGAAGUUGCGCUGUUAGACGUAAGGAAGGAAAUAGACUUUUGCAGAAAAGUGAAAAUUCCUAUUUUAGGCGUCGUUGAAAAUAUGAGUUCUUUUGUUUGCCCAAAAUGCAAGAACUCUGCAGAAAUAUUCCCAGCACUAACUGGAGGAGCUAAAAAAAUGUCUGAGGAAUUGAAUGUGGAAUUUUUAGGAUCUUUACCUUUGGAUCCUUAUUUAGCUAGAUGCUGCGAUGAAGGAAAAAAUAUUUUGGAAGAAUUUCCAGAAUCUCCCACAGUGAAAGCUUUACAUUCCCUUGUUAACAAAAUCAUAGAAAAAUGUGAUGGGUGAUGAUAUUAACAUCAAAGGAAUAUUUUUAUGUGUUUCAAUGUAAUAAAUAUGUUUUAUAUGGAACUAUUUUUUUUUAGUAACCGUUGUAAAUAAAU